AUGAAGGAGAAGGUUGAAAAAACUCAAAACAAAAUUGAACUUUAGAUUAAAGAUAUGAUUAAAGAUAACAAUAAAAAUGAAGAAAUUCAAGAGGAAGUUAAUGUAUAUACAGAGAUUGAAGCCUUAUCAAAAUAUUACAAGGUAAUAAAGAAUAUGAAUUACCUUAAGAAAAAUAAAGCUUAAAUUCUAUUUCAUAAUUAAUAGAAAAUGUAUAAAAUCAAAUUGGAUAUAUUUCAAAUGCUUAUUAAUAUUAAAAGAUUUUAGAAUCGUAAUAAUAUAUAAAAAUUGAUAUGUAUAAAGGUAUAAUUUGUAUAAAUAUUAUCUACAUAAAUUAAUGAACAAAAUGAUUUAGAAAUUAUAAUGGUCUAUAUAGAGUAAAGUCAAGAAGAACACAAAAGGUCAGCAUGAAAUAUAUAUAAGAGAUUCCUCAAAACUUUACUACUCUAGAGGAUACAGAUGAAAAUUGGACAAAGUUUAAACUUAAAUAUAAAUAAAUGAUAUAAUAAUAUAGUAAGGAUAGGGAGUCUAAUUUCAAUUAAGCUAUUGACUUUAUAAAAAAAUUAAGAGACAACUAUUAAGAAAUAUUGACAAAAAUCAUCAAUGAUCAGGAAGAUAUUAAAAUUGUUACAGAAAAACAAUAUCACCUUUUUAUUUAAAUUAGAAAAAUAUUUAUUAAUUAGGUGAAAAUCAAUUAAAAAACAUUGGAAACAUUAAGUUACAAACAUUUAUAAUUAACGUUAGCACAAUAAGAAAUGCAAUUUAUUAUCAUAAGUUAAAAGAAACUUUAGACAAUUUGAAGAAGUAUAAUCUAAUCCAAAAGGAAUAAAUAAUUAUGAUUGAAAAUAAAAAUAAUAGUAUUUUUCAAUUUGAUAUUAAGACUUUUUAAUAUUGAAUGAAGAUGAAAAAUUACAUAUCUCUAAUUGUGAUGAAAUUGAAUAAUUUUUGGAAAAUACCUCUUUUCUUUAAUCUUAUAUGACUAUAUUUGAAGAUUCUAUUUAAUAAGAUUAAAAUUUGUAAAAAUAGAUUUACAGUUUAAAUGUAAAAGUGAAAUAUUUCAAUUAAUGUAUUAACAAUAAAUACAAAAAAAGAGUGGAAAAAAAUUGGUCAAGAUGA